UUUUUUUUUCUAUCACUUCGUCAAAAUGUAGAUUUCUAUAAGCAAAAAUAUAACACUGAAACUUUAUAGUAUCGUGUAUAUCAUACAAGAAAAGAACAUAAUUACGUAAUAUCGCAAUAGAUUAUGUAACAAUAUUGUUUGUUUUAAAACAACACAUUAGAUGACUGAUUGGGCGGACAUGUUCUGCAUCUAUGAUGAGUUUAAGUAAUUUGAAUAAUAAAAUUAUCAUACCUAGGCGAGGAAAAUAAACAAUGUUUGUUCUAUCUAAUUAUUUGAUGUGAUAUCAUUAUUCUAUUUUUGUGGCGUUCCAAAGCACGUGCUGUGAUCUGUGGUAAUAAUUCAAAAUGAUGGGAAUUUAGAGUGCACGAGAAAAUGCGAAACAUGAAUUUAUUUAGAAACCAAUAGUUCCAUUCCUAAACUGUUAGACUGCGGAAUAUUAAAACCUACACAGAACUAAGGUAUUUUAUCGCGAUCAUUCUCAGUAUUUUAAGCAGCUAAUUUGCAUAAUUUAAAACAAAACAGUGACUUCUCUUAGUGGCAGCUCAGCGUCUAUCAGAGCCAAUAUCCGUAUUCUCGCUGUUACACUGGUGAGAUCAAUUCAUAAUAUUCUAUGUGUGUGUAAGUGGAAACACAUAUUUUAUAAUGUUUCAAGAUAAUAAUUGCGCAAAAUAUAAGUUUUCGACGUUAUGCGGCAUUCCGUAUUUUGGUCGCUAUGGCAACCAGAUCCAUUGUGAUAUACCUGAAGAAAAUGUAACGGAAAUGCACGUUGUGCAAUAUUCUCUGUGACACCGCUUAUUUUGUGAACACAAUGUUACAAGAAAUAAACAUGGUUACUUAAUGGUGUUUCUUCAGAAUGUUUACAUUUUUCUGGAUACUCACAGAUGCAUAAAAUGGAUACUCGAGAAGUGUCAGCGAGGAAGUUUGUGAGACAAGCGUAUGGCGUUGUCUCUCUACUACAGAUGUGUCUGGGUGUUUUGCUCAUUGUCUCCGGACUGUUGGCCAUACGGUUUACAGAAGAUGAAUUCCACAUAUCAACACCGCCAUAUUUUAUUGGUGCUUUCCUAGUCGGUGGUCUUGUGGUUUGUGCUGGUGGUUGCUCACUAUAUGUAUAUAUUUCUAAGGCUCCUCUCAGAGACUAUUAUUUCCUGGAAUUGUCAGCUGCGAGGCGGAUACAGAGAGCCGUCACCGGAAAUACCGUGUCCUCCAUUCUUUCAUUAAUUGGUUGUGUUCUUGGAUUAUUUGUUUGUGUUGUAUUCGCUAUCGGGCCAUGUGACACGGAUAUGUGGUUCUCAAAGUGCAGUUUCAAAACAAAUCGAACAGAACAUCGAGCGUUGGCAGUGUUCAUUACUAUAUUUUUGUGUUCUUGUACGAUACUUUCAACAUAUGCUUCUCUAAUGUCCUGUAUUCACGGAUGGGUGUUUGACUUCGAAGCAUGCGCAGUGCAAACGCGCAGCCGGAAACAAAAUGGAGAAGAUCGAAGCGGAAGUCGACCAAAUUCUACUUUUCAACCAUUACCAAUGUUUGAUAUUGAAGAAAAUGUUCAAACGCCAGACGAUGGACAUAUUUCAAACAAUUACAAUAAAACUUCUUCUUUUAAACAAACAAAUGAUGGUCGUCACUUGUCGGAUAGUAGCAACGAAGACCAACACCAUGGAUACGCUAGAAAGCACGUGACUGGUCAACAGCCGCCAUCUUACGUUGCUGUUCUGAAUGAUCCUGCAAUGAAAAAGAAACUCAAAGAACGAAAUAGUCGUCUGCAGGAUCAGUAAAACGACAAUCUGUAUCUUACAUUAUAUUAUAUUUAUAUUUUCAUACAUUUCAUGUCGCGUCCUUGUAUCAUUUGUAAACGAUUUUAUGUUAAGUGUUAUUCAUAGAGUUUUUCAUAACAUGGUUUUCUUAAAAUUUUCUUUUUCAUAUUCAUAAAUCAUUACAGAUAUUUAUUGUGCUAAAUACAUUGACAAAGAUUGUUACAUGAAGCUUUUGAUUCGUCAUAACAGUCUGUGCCCCAAAUAAGUUUGAAAAAUAACAAAUGUCAAAUGUCAAAACCUUAAACGAGAAGGACAAAAUGGAAAAUGACUGUUCAGGAAGAUGCGAAUCAAACGUUUGUUAUUUCUAUCUCUGACGUAUUCAUUAUAGUAUCCUGCAGUCAAUGUGUUGACAUUCGUCUUCCAUAUAGUGUUGCAUUUUCUGUUUAAGUUGUUGGAAAAGUUGACAUUUGUCAUAACUGGCGAACGGUUACUGUUACAUACUAUUUAUCGUA